AUGUACGAAUACCAACAACCAUACCCUCCGCAACAACAACAGCAACAGCAACAGCAACAGCAACAACAGCUAGUACCUCACUACGGAACAAGCUACGAUCCCUUUCAAGCGAAUCAGAAUCAACAAUACUCGCAGCAACAACAACAACAACAACAACAACAACAAGCUCCACCCGCGUACAAUCCUUCCUAUUACUAUUCGCCCCCGUCAGCCGCACCAACCGCUCCUACGAAUGAUGCAGUUCCUACUCAAGUUAAUGCAAGAUCCAAUUUUGCUUCUGAUCCGUCCCUGGUGACCAUGCCUAGUAUGGAUAACAUUGGUGCUGCUGCUGCUGCUGCUGAAGUAGACAGCAACAACAGCAACAAUAAUGCUGUAGAUAAUGAUGACGAUGACGAUGACCUCAAGGAAAUUAUCAAGUCGCAACAAUUGGCGUGGCAGAAUGCUCAGAAACGCAAUGUCACACAACAGGAAAGCGCAAUGACCACGUACAAUCCCGAGUCCAACAUCCCUGUACCUCGUUCCAGAAACCCCAAUGGUUCGGACAGCGUCCAUCCCAACAAGAGACAAAUGAAGGAAGGUCGCAAGGUCACCACGGCCGCCGCCGCUACCAGCGGGGCUCUGGUCGGCGCCAUUGUCACGGGACCGGCCUUUCCCGUCGGUGCCCUGAUUGGAGGCGUCGUGGGUGGAUACUCCGCCAACAAGAUUCACAAACAAGGCGAACGACGGGCCCAACGCAAAUGGGAACAAUCCAAUUUCCAAUUGGGGACCAACAAGGCUCCCAUCUUUUCCAACAAGGGAACUGCAACAGUUCAUACCAUUGUUUAA